UAAAGUGUGAAUAUGAGAAUAUUAUCCAAUUUCUUCAGCUACAUAAAGUCCUUAAACUCUUUCUUGAACAUUCAUAAUAGCAGGCUAAAAAGCGAUACAUUUACUGAUUAGUUAUUUUCAAAAGAUGUUUAUGAAAUGCUCAAUAAAUGUCACGCUUGCAUACCCUAUAAACCCGAGGAUAUAAAGUAGUAAAAAGACCCAAACAAACUCAACUAAGACCACAAAUCUCGUUGAAGUGAUAAAUCUCAACCGAUAGUUUAGCCUGGGUUGUUAGUGGAAGUAUGGAGUCUGGUGUACGUUUUCUAAAACAAGUUAAUCAAGUCACACAGCUAGAAAUGGUACACAGACAUGCUAACGUUAGCUUCCCCGAGUGUUGUACCUUAGCUUCGGACCUGCCGAUUGUUCACAACAGUCUCUUCAAGCUUGUUUUCUUUGGUAACACUGAAGUUCACACUGUUUAAAUUCUGUGGCAAUGACUAAUUGUCCUGAAUUCCCACAAGUGGGCUGUAUAUUUGAAAGUGGGUGGAAAGUAUAUUUGUACUUCUGUGGGAAUCUUGGAAAGCCAACUUUUAAAUGAGAGGAAAUGAACAAAAAAUAUGGCAUCCAUAAACAAUAUUGACAUUAGAAAUGAAUCAUAUGGGCGUUGUCAUGCACUGCUGGUCACUCAUUGGAGGCGAAUUUGAGGUUGCAUGGCUAAAAACAAACACAGACGCUUGAGCUGUAGCUUAACGUUAGCUUUGUCCUGUUAAGGCCUACGCUGCCGUCUUGCAGAUCACUCAAAAUAAAUCUGUGCUAAUGACUAAUGUAUUGCAUUGUCACAGGUGGGCAGGUACAUUUUAAGGUCUCUGUGGAAAUGGAACAGGCAUAUUACUGGACAUCUUUCAAUAUUUCGGGUCCUUGUUUGGUCCUAAUUAGAGUGUAGUAUAAAUACUCCUGUUUGCCUCCACCUUUGGUUUGGCCUUCCUUCCGAGAGUGUUCAAGAUGCUGUUUGUGUAAAACAGUGAGCAUAAGUGCCGGCAUUAUCCUGAGCCGCAAUGUGGUGUCAUCUUCCAAACUCCAAUCAGGUUGGCAGGCAAUAAGGCUUGACAGAAGAUGCGACGGGGCCGGUGGUUUAUCAGAUGGCUGGCGACAGGAAUGGUCAUCCUGUCUUCGCUAAGCGCCGUCUGGGGCCAAGACACCGACGACUGGCAAUACGAGGAGUGUAAGCUGUCCCGGCCCGGCCCCCCCGCUACUAUCGUGACCAUCGACGAGGAGAGUCCCAACGGCACGGUUCUGGUGGAGAACAUGCAGAUCAAUGGCCGCGCCCAGGACCCAGGCAGAACCAUCUCGCUGACUUUACUGGACAACUACGAGUACUGGGUGAUACUGGAACCGACGCGACAGAGGCUCUACCUAAACAGCACCGGCCGCGUUCUGGAUAGAGAUCCUCCCAACUACAUCACCACCAUUGUGGUUCAAGUCCAGUGCACAAACGAGCUGGUGGGGACCGUUAUUCUGCACGAGGUCCGGAUCGUCGUGAGGGACCGCAAUGACAACACGCCGCGUUUUCAGCACCCGCGCUACUAUGUGGCGGUCAACGAGCUCACCCCGGUGGGAACGACCAUAUUUACUGGCUUCUCAGGAAGAAAUGGAGCCACCGACAUCGAUGACGGGCCAAAUGGACAUAUAGAAUACAGCGUUCUGUACAACGCCAAUGACCCAGAAUCCAACAGCACAGUGAGUGUGGCAAACACGCUAUCGGGACACAUUGUUCUAGCUGAGAGGCUCAACUAUGAGGACAGAACACGCUACCUGGUUUUGAUCCAAGCCAACGACCGGGCGCCGUACCCUCCCAACAGACGCACGGCCACCACCACGCUGACGGUGGACGUCCUCGACGGCGACGACCUUGGACCCAUGUUCCUGCCGUGCGUUUUGGUCAACAACACACACGACUGCAACCCCCUCACCUACCGCGCCGCCAUUCCCGAAUUCACCGAACCGAGCAAAUUGAACCCCCUCAAUGUGACCCCCCCAAUCCGGGCGGUGGACAUGGACAGAAACAUCCAACCGCCGUCAGACAGGCCCGGUGUGCUUUUCUUCAUCCUGGUUGGCCAUCCGGUCACAUAUCCUCAGUACUUCUCCCUGAACAAAACCACGGCGGAGCUGCGCGUCCUGCAGCCCAUCAGCAGGGACUUGUAUCAAAGGUUCACGCUUGUUAUUAAGGCCGAACAGGACAACGGCCACCCACUGCCGGCCUACGCCGACCUCAUCAUAGAAAUCCUCGACGAGAACAACCAGGCGCCGUACUUCCAGUUUGUCACCUACCAGGGUUACGUGAGCGAGUCGUCCCCGGUGGGCACCACCAUCUCAGCCGGGGUCAAUCUCACCACGCCGCUGGGGAUCGUUGCGCUGGAUAACGACGUCGAGGAGACUCAAGACCCCAUGUUGAAGAUAACCCUGGACGACUACACGGCCAUCUUCAGUCUGACCCCGACCGGCAUAAUCCGCUAUCUGAGGCUGCUGAAACCCGUCGACCGGGAGAAGCAGAUGACCUACACGUUCACGAUGGUGGCGUCGGAUGGCGUCCAACGGAGCGGCCCCGUCACCGUCAACAUCUUAGUCGUCGACGCCAAUGACAACGCGCCCACGUUUGCUCAAGUGUCCUACAGCGUGGACUUAUUCACAGACAUGCAACCCGGGGAGACGGUGCUGCAGUUAACGGCGGGGGAUGCUGACGAGGGACUCAACGGACUGGUGACCUACGAGAUCCUGGCCGGGGCUCAGGGACACUUUGUCAUUAAUAAUCGCACGGGUCGCAUCACAGUGGCACCCGGCGUCAGCCUCGCCGUCGGACGAUCUUUCGCGCUGACCGUCAAGGCGUCCGACAACGCGCCGGAGUCCCUGAGAAGGAGCUCCAUCACAACCGUCUACAUCGAAGUGCUGCCACCCAACAACCAGAGCCCGCCGCGCUUCCCCUUGCUCACUUACAACCUGGAGGUGAGCGAAGCCACAAGGAUUGGCGCCAUUCUGCUCAAUCUGCAGGCCACAGACAGAGAAAACGACCCCAUCGCAUAUCGCAUUGUGAGCGGAGAUUCCCAGAAGGUGUUCAACCUCUCCGAAACGAUUGGCCUUCUAAUUUUGGAAAAAGCUUUAGACAGAGAAACCGAAGAGCGCUACCGUCUGGUCGUCACCGCCUCGGAUGGCAACCCUGGAGGGACGUCAACGACAACAGUCGACAUCGUCGUGACGGACGUCAAUGACAACGACCCUGAGUUUGACCCCGCCGCCCCCACUAACUUCACUGUCCGAGAAGAGGAGGCCCAUCUGUUUGUGGGACAAGUCAAAGCCACAGAUCCAGACGCGGGGGCUAACGGCCAAGUGAGCUUCCGCAUCGUCAAUCACCCCGACUUGUUCGUCGUCGCCGCCAACGGCAGCAUCUACACCCGGGUGCCGCUGGAUCGCGAGCUCAGGGACAGCUACGAGCUGGUGAUCGAAGCCUCCGACGGGGCCGUGGACCCCCGGCGCACCACCUUGACCCUCACGGUGCGGGUGACGGACAUCGACGACAACAGCCCGCUGUUUUCUCAGCAGACGUACGUGGUGAACGUGCCCGAGAACAGCCCCGUCGGAACCGUGAUCCUCACGCUCAGCGCUACCGAUUCAGACCUCUUCUCCAACGUCACCUACCGGAUCAAGUCGGAAUCGGCCCGCCGGCUCUUUUCCCUGAACGCAAUCACGGGAGAAUUGGCCGUGCUGCAAACUCUGGACUUUGAGGAUCUGACUGCUAUGGGAACGGGAGCCUCGUACACCUUCCAGGUGGAAGCUGUCGACCAGGGAGGCGUCACGGCCCCGGGGCAGGCUACCGUCACGGUCCGGAUCACGGAUAUGAACGACUUCUCCCCCGUCUUUAGCCAGCCCUUGUACAAAGGCAUGGUGGCGCCCAACGCUGAGAAGGGGACGGUCAUCACGACUGUGUUUGCAGAGGACCCCGACCCAGUGGGCACUCCAGCCAGUUUUGUGCGCUACAGAGUAGACCAAGACAAGUCGCCGUAUAGCGGUAGCAUCUUUGAUGUGGAAGAAGUGACCGGAAGGAUUGUCACCAAGGUCAACCUCAAUGAGGAGCCCAGCCUUACUUUUAAAUUGUUUGUCAUCGCCUUUGACGACGGCGAGCCGGUGAAGACGAAUAGCACCUUGGUGGAGAUCACCGUCCUUCAGCCCUCGCGCAUUCCCAUCUUCACGCAGGAGGAGUACAGGUUCCCACCCGUUAGCGAGCUGGCGCCGGUGGGUACGCCGUUGGGGACCAUUCUCGCCGCCGCCAUCAACCAGACCAUCUACUACUCCAUCGUGGCGGGAAAUGAUUUAGGACAUUUCCGUGUGAACAACAGAACGGGCGUCAUCUCCACCGCCAAGCCGCUGGACUAUGAAAAUGUGACCAGCUACGUCCUGAGGGUGCAGGCCGACUCGCUGCUGGUUGUCAUGUCCAACUUGCGCGUCCCUUCGAAAACCAACACGGCCAAGGUGUUCCUGGAGGUGCGCGACGAGAACGACCACCCUCCAGUCUUCACCAGGAAGCUCUACAUAGGCGGCGUGACCGAGGACACCAAGAUCUUCAGUUCCGUGCUCAAGAUAGUGGCUACCGAUCAGGACACCGGGAACUUCAGCGCCAUGGCGUACCGUCUCAUCAUCCCGCCGACGGCGGAAGGCCAGGACAGCUUUGUCAUCGAGACGUACACCGGCGUCAUCAAGUCGGCCAUCAUGUUUCGAAACAUGCGCAGGUCUUACUUCAGCUUUGAGGUGAUCGCCACCGACGACUACGGCGAGGGUCUGAGCAGCAACGCUGACGUGGUGGUGUCUGUGGUCAACGCGUUGGACAUGCAAGUGAUCGUGUCAACCGUCCCGCCCACGUUGGUCGAAGAAAAUAAAGACCAACUCAUAAGUAUCCUGGAGCGUCACGUCCAGGACCAGAUCCCCGGCGCCAAGGUGAUUGUGGAGGCCAUCGGGCCGCGUCGCCACGGUGACGGCUUUGAGCUGGAGGACUACAGCAAGUCGGACCUGAUGGUGUACGCCAUCGACCCGCUUACAAACAGGGCCAUUUCGCGCCAGGAGCUCUUCAAAUUUCUCGACGGGAACGUUCUGGAAAUCAACAAGGAGUUCCAGCCUUACCUGGGCGAGGGCGGCCGAAUCCUGGAGAUCCGCUCGCCGGACAUCGUGGCAAGCGUGAAGAAGGCCGCCCAAGCCGUGGGCUACACGGAGGGGGCUCUCCUCGCUCUCGCCAUCAUCAUCAUUCUCUGCUGCAUCCCCGCCAUCCUCAUCGUCAUGGUUACGUACAAGCAGUUCAAAGAGCGGCAGGCUGAGUGCGCCAAAACCGCCAGGAUUCAAAUGGCUUUGCCGCCGGGAGGCAAGGCAGCACCCACCAGCGCUGUGGGGGCCAACCUUUACGAAGAGCUCGGGGAUGGCAGCAUGAGGCGAGGCUACGGGAGACAGCAUCAGCAACUGCUGAGACCAUCUCUGCUGAGACCCGAGGAACUCUCCAUGGAGUCCGGCAUCGACCCCGGCCAAGACUACUACGCGCAGGACUACUAUAAUUAUGAUCAAGGGUAUGACCUCCCUCAGUAUGGCAGUCGGAGGAGGUUGAUUGCGCCGAUGUACGAUGAAUAUGGGGAGGCCAUUAUGGAAGAUGACCGUUAUUACUACAGUCCGCAUGGCCCCGAGGGGCGAGGCCGAGGAAGGGGCCGUGGCGGCGCGAGGGGCCGAGGUCCACCAAAGAGGGUUGCGUUUAGGGAUGAGGAGGGAAUCGAGCCGGCUGAACCAGAAGCUGACGCCGAGCCCUCCAAGGCUGCCAAGAAGCUCAAAUCUGUCAUCAAACUCAGCAAACUCCUGGCAGUCAGCAAGAGAGGAAAGCAGGCGUCUGCUGCCGCUGGCCCGUCUCCAUGGAAGAAAGCCAAAAUGCUCAAGAUGUUCGGCGCCAAGCAAAAAGAUAAGGAUUAUGCCAAACUGAUGUCGGCCCGCCGUAUUGACAGUCUGGAGAGUCUGAGUGAUGGGCCGUCACCCGCGGGACCCGUCGACAGAAAGUCGGGCGCUCGCAGCCAGCUUGGUCAAGUUUUGAAGAAAAUCAACAUCGGUAGGAAGUUGCAGGCGCGCAGAAAGUCGCAGGGGAGCGCAAGCGUCACUGGCAGCGAGAGGGAUGAGGAGGCCUCACAACAGACGAGCGAGGAGGAGAAGAAAUCGAAAGUGUCCAUUAGCGUGACGGAAAGUGAGCCAGAAGCGGGGACGAGCGGGAGCUCCGCGAAGGACAAAGGCUCAGAUGAGGAGUCCUCGGAGAAAAGCAGCGUGGACACGGAGCACCUGAAAGUGGAUUUAGAUCGGGACGACGCCAACGAAAGCACCGUGGACUCGGAAGAAGAGCCCGAUGGAGACCCGGCGGAUUCGGAUCGCGAAAGCACGUCUGAAGGGGAAGAAACUGAAAAGGGAUCAAUCCAUGAGAAAGAAUCUGGUACCGAAAGAGAGUCGGGAUCCGAAAAAGAGUCCGAAUCUGAGAAGCCGUCAGGGACGGAGAAAGAGUCGGAAACAGAGAAAGACUCUGGAUCAGAGCAGGAGUCGGAAACAGAGAAAGACUCCGAGUCCGGAUCCAUCCAAGCAUCUGGUUCGGGGAAAGGAACAGGGACGGCAACAGAAAAGGGCUCAGUCUCAGAAUCGGAUGAGGAGUCGGACGAGGAAGAGACCGCCGGGAGCACCAAAGACAGUAGCUCCACUGCCCGCUCAUCCAUCGGAUCAUCAGCGACUGAGGCUAGCAAGGCGAGCGGUGACACUGGCAGUGGGAGUCGACAGGGUAGUGGUAGUGUGAGCGGAAGCGCCACUGAAAGCAGGAGUGAGAGCGGUAGCAGGACCCUUAGCGGUCGUGGAAGCGCCACCAGUCAAAGUACAAGCACCCGCACAUCUGCCUCUUUAUCUGGUUCAAGUGUGAGGUCAUCACAAAAGACCAAAACGUCAGCAAGCACGUUAACGUCUGAGAAGUCCGGCGAGGGGCUUAGCGAAGCCGAAUCGGGAACGGGAACAGUCAGCGAGACAGAGUCAGGGUCAGCUAGUGAAGGCUCUUGGUCUAAAGGGUCCGGACAGAGAAAACUGUCUGGUUCAGACUCCGUCGGUGGGUCGUCCAAUGGCAGUCAGAUGACUGAGGAGAAUUCCUUGAGCAGCAAGAGAAGUUCCUCUGGUACCGGGUCCACCAGCGGCAGCCUGCGCUCCCGAAAGUCCAUCCUGACACACAGGACGGAAAGCACAAUCACAGAGGAGAGCGAGGAAGAAGCAUCGGCAUCGGAGACCGCAGACGAAAGCAAAGAGUCAGCCGGCGACGUGAGCGACGAGGCCACGUCGUCCGCAAGGUCCAGCGCGGCGUCCGCAAGGUCCAGCGUGGCGUACGCAGGCCAAGCGCCAGCCGCCGCUUACGGGAGCCCCCCAUACCCCUCCGACAUCAGGAGCAUCAGCGGCACGUCCCAAGAGACGUACGGAGGAUUGUCGGCAAUUACCGAGGUUGAUGAAGACGCCAUCUCCACGGAGAAAUCUGCUUCCGAGGCCAGUAAAGACACCGGAGAAAGCGAGGCGACCUCAGACGGCGAUUCCGAGUCGGAGAGGGACCUCACGGCCUUCUAGAAAAAGACAAUUGUCACCGUCAACUGGGGAGAAAGAAACGAAUGAUGCCGGCGGUCGAUCGAGAAACCGAGUCCACCUCCACGGGAGAGGAGAGCUCCAGCGAGACG